CAUGCCGCCGUACCCCGUCCUCAGCUGAGACGAAAACUUCGCCAGCGCACACUAUGAAGGAGGAAAACUUCCUCCGCCGCAGAUUCUCCUUGUGCCCGACCGCCAUCGCCGCUCAGAAGAACGACAGCAACAAGCUGACGAGGAACCUCUCGUUCGGAGCCGACCAUGACAUCCAUUCCCUGAGCACGGGGAGAGACGCCGAGCACACUGCGUUACCUGCUGUGAAGGACGAGGCUGCACUGACACCAAACUCUGCUAAUAAGAUCGAUAAUAAGCUUUGCAAUGGGACAGACAAAGAAUGUUUAUCCCCCACAUCUAAAUCAGUCAAGAUGGACACUCUCAAGGUGCAGAAGAAGAAUUAUAGGCAGGAGAAGAAGAGAGCCACAAAGCAGCUAUUCAGUGCUCUCAAAGACCCCAGCGUGGUGAUUGUGGCUGACUGGCUGAAGAUUCGUGGAUCACUGAAAAGCUGGACAAAACUGUGGUGCGUCCUGAAACCGGGGCUGCUCCUGAUUUAUAAAACACCAAAGAUUGGACAGUGGGUGGGAACAUUGCUCCUCCACUCCUGCGAGCUGAUCGAAAGGCCCACCAAAAAAGACGGAUUUUGUUUUAAACUUUAUCACCCGCUGGAUCAGUCCAUCUGGGCAGUUAAGGGUCCGAAAGGUGAGAAUGUCGGGUCCAUCACUCUACCUCUACCCAGCAGCCACUUAAUAUUCCGAGCAGCGUCUGAAUCAGAUGGGAGAUGUUGGAUGGAUGCGCUGGAAUUGGCUCUCCGCUGCUCCAGUUUAUUCAAGAUCAAUUUGCCCAAACUUGGAAAGGAGGGCGAACUUUUGUCACCGACCGAUUUGAAUCACACCGGACUCUAUACACUGCUGCAAGCUUCCACGGUCUCCGAGCAGGAGCUCUUCCAGCUUACUGAAAUCAUUCCAGAAAAUGACGCUUUCUCGGACAAGUCGGAAAAAGAUAACAUCGAAGAAUCGGAAAAUGAGCACAGUCGGAAAACCAGUGAGAGCGACCAGUCUGAGCUACACGGAGAGAUCUCAUUGGACAGAGAAGGGACCACCUACAUGGAAGAGCUGUAUGAGGAAUUUGGGGAGGUCGGAGAAGCUUCCCAGACAGAGACGGUGUCAGAUGAAAACAAAAGCUUGAUGUGGACUUUGCUGAAACAAAUGCGACCAGGAAUGGACCUGUCCAGAGUGGUGCUGCCAACCUUCAUCCUGGAGCCUCGCUCGUUCCUGAAUAAAUUAUCCGAUUAUUACUACCACGCUGACAUUCUAUCACUGGCCGCCGUGGAAGAUGACCCUUACUGUCGCAUGAAGCAAGUUCUGAAGUGGUAUUUGUCUGGAUUUUAUAAGAAGCCAAAGGGAAUAAAGAAGCCGUACAACUCUAUUUUGGGUGAGAAGUUCCGAUGUUGCUGGUUUCACCCUCAGACCAACAGUCAUACAUUUUACAUAGCAGAACAGGUAAGUCAUCACCCGCCAGUGUCGGCCUUCCACGUCAGUAAUCGGAAGGAUGGCUUCUGCAUCACUGGGAGCAUUCUGGCCAGAUCCAAAUUUUACGGUAAUUCCCUCUCCGCAAUUUUAGAUGGGAAGGCAAGACUUUCGUUCCUGACCCGUGAGGAAGAUUACAUCAUCACCAUGCCCUACGCUCACUGCAAAGGUCUCUUGUACGGCACAAUGACUAUGGAGCUAGGAGGGAAAGUCACCAUAGAAUGUGAGAAGACGGGUUAUGUGACGGAGCUGGAAUUUAAGUUAAAGCCGUUCUUUGGAGGAAGCGACACCUUAAACCAGAUAAGCGGAAAGAUCAAAGUGGCAGGGGAACUCCUGGCAAACCUUGAUGGGCACUGGGACCGGGAAGUGUAUUUAAACGAUGUCCAGGGUUGUAGCAGGGACAUUUUCUGGAAUCCAACGGUGGAGAUCAGAAGACAGAGGCUGAAACGGCACAUUGUGCUGUUUGAAGAGCAGACGGAACUGGAGUCAGAGAGGUUGUGGCAACAUGUGACGAGCGCUAUCCACGAUGGAAACCAAAACCAGGCUACGGACGAGAAGUACAUUCUAGAGGAUGCUCAGAGAAAGGCUGCAAAGGAGCGAAAAGAUAAAGAUGAGGAGUGGACGCCCCAGUUGUUCCUAUAUGAUGACUCCCAGAAAGAAUGGAGCUAUAAGUAUGAAGACAUGCGCCCCUGGCAUCCGCUAACUGACAUUGCGCAGUACGAGAAAGACGGAGUCCUGCAGACUGUGAAGAGGAAUCUUACCAGCAUGUUGGCGCCACGCACAGACCUGGCACGCAAGAGGAUUAAUCAGGAGGGCCGACGUCGUAAGGCCAGUGAGCAGCCAUCCAUCAGCAGCCAGACCACCGAGAGCAGCUGUUCCACCCCAGAGCCGGGACAGGAAUCUUCUGAUGAGGAAGGUUUUCCAGGGCCGUGUUCGCAAUGUGGAAAAGAAAAAAAAGAAUUGAAAGAAAUUCAGGCUGCAGUUUUAUCUUUACAGAAAACACAACAGGAUAUACACAGGAACCUCAACACGCUGACCAAUCACGGCUCACUCACCAAGUGCUCGCUUUCCAGUUCCUCACUACUGACGUCCCGACACUGGCUGCUACUUUGCCUUUUUCUCGCCUGCCAGGUCUUCAUCAACUAUGUGUUUAAGUAAAACAUCACAGGGACCCAAGAUCAGACCAGCAUCAUCCGUCCAUCCCUUGCCCAAUGAACAUCCGCAGGGAAAAAAAUAACAGAGGAAGUUCUAGUUUGGGACAUUCAGAUAGCACGUUGCCCAAGAAGUUCCUCACUCACUUGUAUGGAAGAAAAACAUCAACAAGAAGCAUGACAUUUAAAAGCAUGGCUCUAAUAAAUGAAAGACUUAUACUAUGUGCAAAGGAGCAACGUAUAACCCUACCUUCUUCCUUUCUAUUUAUGGCAAAAGCAGAGAAAUGAAUUAGUGUAUUGCAUACCAGGAGACCAUUGAGGACAAUAAUUGCAGAGAUAUGGCUGCUGGGAAUUAC